CAAAUAUCUGCCAUUGUCAUAAGGUACCAUCUCUGUGGUGUGCAUGAUCUCCUCAUUAUCGCCAGCAUUCUUAGUCACAUCUCGGUGGGUCACCACUCAUGAUAAGCGCGACUCCUCCGACUUCCCCGCUUAUCAUCAACCUUCGCCCUUCCCCAGGUAUAUAUUCCGAAGCAUUACUGCCUUUCGAGGAAACAAUAUAGGUUAUAUCAACUGCCAGAAAGAGGAAACUAUAGCAUCUACAAUAUUCACGAUGUCCAAAGCAACCAGAAUCCCCAUCCGCACCCAAAAGGCCCCUCUCCCACCGCCAUUCCUCUCCCAGGGCAUUGUCGUCGGCGACAUGGUCUACUGCUCUGGGCAGGUGGGCGUGAACCCUGCUACAGGCAAGAUGGUUGAGGGAUCAAUCCAAGAAAGAACGAAACAAAUCCUCAACAACCUGAGUGCCGUCCUUGAAGCAGGCGGCUCUAGUCUCCAGGAUGCCGUGAAAGUCAACAUAUUCCUGGCUGAUAUGAAUGACUUUGCCGCUGUCAAUGAAGUCUAUAGUUCCUUUUUCGCGGAUCCGAAACCGGCUCGUACAUGCGUUGCGGUCAAGACAUUGCCAAUGGGGACUGAUGUGGAGAUUGAGUGUGCUGGGGUGGUGAGCAGUGUGCCAGGUCGAGGGUCUCGUCUGUGAGCAGCAAGCAAUGAUGCAAAUUCCUGGAUAUGAAUGUGAUGCUAUGCGAGUACAUAACUGGACAAAUGCAGACAAACACUGCUUAUGUGCAUAUACUCUGCAUCUCGGCUGGGGGCAACGGAUAGACCGGCGAGCCUGGUGUGAACAGCCUAUGCGUCGACAAGCCCGAUUUCUAAUGUUAGCAAUCGGAAUGCCAACGGUGACUUUAUGCAUGGAUUCGAGCGGCAGCUGGGCUUAGUUAUGUCUAAUGCGACACCGGCUGUCGGAUGCAGCUUAGAUGGCUGAUGCGAGAAGAUCAUUCGUGCUAUUU